UUGAUCCUUCGUUUUACAGUGUUAAUUCAAGGAACCAACAACAUGGCUUCGCAACCAAACCCUAGCGACCGUUCUAGAUUUGCUAAACUUGGAAUGGCAGUACACGAAGAAUUGACCCAGGCUUGCAGAGAUGUUAUAGAAAUGGAUGUUUCUCCUGCAAAUCUGCACAAAAAAAUGAAAGCAUCUUCAAUUUAUAAAAUCUUACGCCCCUAUCAAAAAUUACGACUUUUACGCGCCAAAACUGAGGGCUAUAAAGAAUUUGAUAUUACUUUAUUGUAUACAUUGAUAAGAAACAUAAGUUCAACGAUUCCUCUUCCAACAAAAGGUAAAUGGGGUGGUAACACAAUGCCGACAGUAGGAGAAAUAACGAUCGGCGAUGACAUUGAGAGGAUAAGAUGGAUAAGAAACAACAUACUUGGACAUAUAAGCUCAGCUUCUUAUAUCUCUCAAAAGGAGUUUUAUAACACGUGGUCAACCAUGACUGAUAUUUGCCAUAGACUGCAAAUAUAUACAAAGAAAGACUACAUGUUUGGAAUGAGUAACAUUCAAAGACAGGCUCUAGAAGAGGAAAUCGAAAAUGCUAUUAUUGAAAAACUUGAGGAGGAUUAUAGAUAUAACCUUUCUCUAAUGGAAAUGUUGUCUUCUGAGGAACAGCAUGUGCUAGAAUUGCAAUCGAAAUCCGACAAGAAAGUGUUAAUUCAGGGAACCAACAACAUGGCUUCUCAACUAAACCCUAGCGACCGUUCUAGAUUUGCUAAGCUUGGAAUGGCAGUACACGAAGAGUUAACCCAGGCUUGUAGAGAUGUUAUAGAAAUGAAUGUUUCUCCUGCACAUCUGUACAAAAAAAUGAAAGGAUCUUCAAUUUAUGAAAUCUUACGCCCCAAACAAAAAUUACGACUUUUACGCGCCAAAAAUGAGGGCUAUAAAGAAUUUGAUAUUACGUUAUUGUAUACAUUGAUAAGAAACAUAAGUUCAACGAUUCCUCUUCCAACAAAAGGUAAAUGGGGUGGUAACACAAUGCCAACAGUAGGAGAAAUAACGAUCGGCGAUGACAUUGAAAGGAUAAGAUGGAUAAGAAACAACAUGCUUGGACACAUAAGCUCAGCUUCUAUCUCUCAAAAGGAGUUUAAUAACACGUGGUCAACCAUGACUGAUAUUUGCCAAAGACUGCAAUUAUAUACAAAGAAAGACUACAUGUUUGGUGUGGAUAACAUUGAAAGACAGGCCCUAGAAGAGGAAAUCGAAAAUGCUGUUAUUGAAAAACUUGAGAAGGAUUAUAAAUAUAACCUAUCUCUUAUGGAAAUGAUGUCUUCUGAGGAACCAGAAUUAAAAUCAGAAUCCGAGAAGAAAGGUUUUAAGAAAAUGGAUCAUAAUAUUGAUUGCGAAGAAGAUCUCUCAAUAUAUCGACUUGCUAAAUUGACAGAGCAAUUCAGGAAAAAAUUACAAAAAGAGGAACAAUAUCAGUAA